AUGGCAGAUUCUCCAGUGCAACCCAAGUCUCCGACGGCGACAGGUGGAGAAGGGCAGAACUCAAAUGCCUUCGCAUCUAUUGCCGCCGUUACGAGGGAGAUCGACCAAGUCCGUUGCUGUCAAGCCCGCAUCCCGAAGAUCUCUGUCCACCGGGAAGAUGGGAUAGUGACGUCUUCUCUCGUCUACCCUACUUUGCGUCCGUUCUAUCCGUGGUGUUUUUCGAAUGAACACCACGAAGGGCAGACACCAGCGGAUCGUAUUCGUUCGCCUCUUUCUUCCUCGAGCAGAGCGGCGGCUCCGUCUUUGGGAAGCAGCUCGGGGGCGGAAGCGACAGACUGCCUACCGGAGCCGAUCGGAAGGCUUCUCGGCGAGGCGAUUGUGGCGGCAACCGCCAGUGUCCAUGCAACUCGCCUUCGGUAUCGACCUCGAACGGGAAAGGAAGAAGAUGAACGCGAAGAUCCAGUCGUCGCAGAACACAUAUGCAACGCGUCUUCCGGGGAAAGGGAACGAGUCGAACAGUCACUCGACAGCUUGUUGAAAACAAACGACUGCACCGUUGACGACUCCGCCUGCAGCGACGAGGGCGGCGACCGGGAAGGCUCGAGCAGUGGACUGACGUGUGGAGCUGCGGGUGAUGACGCGCCAACACAAAGGCCGUUUUUGGUUCUUCUGGGGGGGCCUUCGGGAACCGGCAAGAGCACGCUCGCGCCUCUUGUUGCUCAUCUUUUGAUGAAGAAGUUCAGGCGUCGUAGUGCUGCUUCUUUGCCAGGUGAACAGCGUUGCAAAGAUGAGGUUUGUCCUUCGGAAGACGCCUCCGCUGACGGAUGCUCCGCUCCCAGCGACAUCGGGUUGGAGGACGGCUGCGUGGUUGUGUCUUCUGACCACACGAGGAAAAUUAUACGAGCCCUCAGCGAGUCGCGGAGUGCCCUUCUUUUUCACAGCACCUACGAGCUUCAAGCUGUUGUGCAGCAACAGUUGGCGAGUCUAAGAGAGGGGCAAUAUUCUGCGAAGGAAGGAGACAGCAGGUGUCGUGGUGCGAAAAGUUCCGACGCCUCAAGCGGAGACACUGAGGAGACGGAGCAGGAGACAGCCGAGUGUCCAGGCACUGCCCGUAGCAGCAAAGCAGAUUUACCUGUGCCUCGCAGCACAAAGUUCAGCGGCUGGAUUACCUCCAGCUGGAUCAGAACAGCAGGCGAUUGA